UUUUUUUUAAAGGACUGGCUGUUAACUUUAAAGUGUAUGCAUUUUAGACAUAAAGAAAGCAAACAUGACUGUAACAAAAUAAGACUGACUUAUAAAGCAUAUUUACUGACUUUUUUUGUCUUUUUCUUUACAAAAAUAACAUGCUUUUUGAAACAGGGUAGUAUUGAAACAUUAAAACAGCUAAUAGCAACAACUAUUAUUUCCAACACUUGCUUCUAAUUGUUUUGUAACUGUUUUACUAUAGUUGGUAUAUAUUAAGGACAUCUCAUUUCUGUGUGAUACUGCUAUUCAUAGUUCUAAGCAAUCAUUUACUUGACCUUUCUUAAUGGACUGUUGUAUAUCUAACAGUUUGCUAUGGUUGAGUGAUUAGGGUGUAUGUUUUAGGGUCUUCUUUAGUGAGACACUCCUAUGGCUCCUGACUUAAGAUAGCUUAACUUACCCCUUUUUGACUUCAUAAUGGUACAGAAGUAGGAUGUAUUCAAUAGAUGAGAUGUUAAAUUUAGAAUUGUGACUUUUUUCUUAGGCAGCAGUGCGUACUCUUGUAAAGUGUUGAGAAACAAUAGCAAGCACCAUUUCCAAGUCAGCCACUCUCUUGUUUAUAAACAAUGGUAUUUUGCUUUGUGCUCUGCUGCCAAGCUUGGUUUGAGGCUUGGUUUCUUAGGUAUUUUAAUAGUAUUUCCACCUUUUGUUACUAUGUUUUUCUAAGUCCUAAUGAGUUUAUCAGAACAUAACAUCAAUCAUGGAAUAUCUGUGUAUCUUUAGAAAACUUUGUGAUUGUUUUAUUGGAAGGAAAGAUCUAAAUCCAAAGGUAAAAACAGUGUUAAGCUUCAUUUAUCCAUUCACAGAAUGAAUAUUUAAGGUAUUUUAAGUAAGUUUUAACUAGGCACAUAUGUACAUAUUGAGAAACAGGCAGGUGGGCUUGCUACUGCUUUCUGAAAGUUGUAGUCACUUACAGACUUUCUGUAGUUGUUAAGUCCUACCCUGUUUCAUCCAUCAAAAUAGUAAAUACCGUAUUUUUUUAAUAGCUUGCUAAUUUGACUUGUGAGAAUAUUAUCUUUUUAUUUGUCUUCUUGUCAUUCAUAGCCUUUAUGGUUUUAGGGAUAUUUUUGUGUUAUUAGUUACUUUGAGUUUAUUAAAAACUAAAGGUGGCUAACCAUCUUGUAACUGUUCCAGCUUAUUUAUAUUUUAACUAUGAUUGUAGCAUAAAUUGUAGUAUAUUGGAGUUUAUAUUUUUAUGAAAGCAAAAGGAAAGUCUGUAUAUGGCAGUAAAUGACAUUUAAACAAGAUACUUUAUCACCCCUGUGGUAGGCAUCUGGGAGGUGAUCCAGAACUACUUCUCAUUAACUCAGUGUUAAAGAGAACACAUAUUUAGAUUUAGAAGUGUGAGUUUUUAUAAUAAGAUUUUGUUCAUAUUAUAAAAGUAGUAAAUUUGGUACUUUUACAUAGUGUGAGUUAGUAAAUAGUGGAUCUUUAGGAUGUUAACUGAAGAUAGCUGUAUACCUCUACCUUUGGGGAAGCCUUUAGAAGUUUUUACAUGGUUUUUACUCAUGUUCAGCCAUAACUAGAUAUUUUGCUAUCUUAAACAUCAGUAGUUGAUUAAUCUUUAAUACCAUUCAUAAUUCUAAACAAUGGAUCUAAUAGGCAGUAGCCAACACCAGCAGAAAUUCUUACAUUUUGACUAAACAAUGUUAUAGUUACUUUUUAAGGUUGGUUUGUUUUUCCCCUUUGUUGCUAGAGUAUUUAAGGAUAAAGGAGGAAGAAUGCAGACCUAUUCAAACUUGGUAUCAUCAGAAAAGGACAGUGCAUUGAUUUGGAAAUGGGACUCAUUAUUGCUCUCACACUUACCUUACUAUAGAAAUUUUCCAUCUUCCUGCCUAGAGAUUUCCCUUACCCAUAUAGUGAAGAGCUGGGUAUUGUAAAGCAUGGAUCUGUGCCAAACUUUAUGUUAAAAGUCUCAUUUCCUCAAUGCUUAGAGCAAGCUAUGUGAACUCUGCAGAAGAGAGAAAGGGACUGUGCAUAUGUCUUUGUUUGCCAAUCUUACUUUAUUAUAAAAUACCCGAGGUACUCCUCCAGGUCUCUCACCUGGGAACUGUGAUUCAAUAGGUCUGGGACUGCAGUGGGACCUGGGAAUCCAUAUUUUUGGUAAGUUCCCCUGGUGAUUAUUAUCAUUGGGCAAGUGUGGGUAAUGAUGACUUAAAUAUCACAAAACUCACUGUCCUACCUCAUUGAUAUAUUAUUUAGUUUGGUCAUGGUUAUGUGAUGUUGAACAUAGUAAGUUGAGCAUGUGGCUAAGAGCAAUGUGAGCCUGGAGAACAAUCUGCUGUAUUCUUGGUUGGUUACACUUGUUUAAACAUACUUCAUUGUGAGCCCAAGGACCUGGUGGUGAGAUUCUCAUGUAAGGGACCUAGUUUUAGUAUAACUGGGGGGAAAAAAAAAACUGCAUUGAAUUUAUUUUAUCUUUCCUAAAGAGUUUUCCAAGAGAAAUGAUGAUGUAAUGUGGUGAUUGUGGCUCCUCUCUGUUUUUAAAUGUUUCAAUUCUUAGCUUUGUUAUUUACCUCCUGACAGUCUGGGAACUAAAAGUGACCUUUGACAUUGUGUUAGAAAUUGAUUUCCAGAGAGUAAACUGCAAAAAUACUUUUGGUCAAAGUCAAACAUUUAUUUUGGUAUUGUUAGUUUUAUUAAAGUCUUUCAUAGAAAUUUUCUUUUGCUAAUGGUAGAAACUAGUAUUAAGUUAAAGAAGUAAAUAUAAGUUAAUGGUAAAUCCACAAAAUACUUUUUGAUAAACCCUCAGUUUUUAUUAUAAUAUUUUGGAUACUUAACAUAUUUGUGCUUGGGAAUUAGAAGUGCCUUUGUUCUGGCUUCAGUAAAAUUUUGAAGGGCUGGCUUAUAGUUAGGUUUCUUGGCUUGGUUUUAGAAGGUAGUCUUCUAGGAUUAUGUUUGCCUCUAAUGUAGGUAUGUGGUUGCUGGAGGAAGAGACUGCUGUCGUAACUGAGUCCUUAAUUCUGAACAGUUCCCUGCUUACUGGAGCCACUGAAAGGCUCCUCAUUGGUGAGAGGAGGCAUCGCCUUUUUCUUUAAGAUGGAAUGUAGUUUAACUCAGCCACAAGAGAUGUUUGCCACUUGGUGUCUCCUUCCUGGUUCUGCUGAGAGCAUGAGAGGUGUGCAUAGCCCCUCAUAGCUGUGGCUACAGCUCCAUCUGGCAGCACUAAAUAGCUGCGGAGACUGAGAGCUCCUGAACAGAGCAUGUCUGUGGUAGCCUCUGGGAGGACAUGUAUGCUCAGGACUCUAUAGAGCUACUAACAACAUCUGGUAUCCAGUUUAAAAAACACGAGGAGGAAGGAAUUGAGACCCAAUACUUUGCAGAACUUCUUAUGACUUCAGGAGUGGUUCUUUGUGAAGGGGUCAAAUGGUUAUCAUUUCAUAGUGGUUAUGACUUUGGCUAUUUAAUCAAAAUCCUGACCAACUCUAACUUGCCUGAAGAAGAACUUGAUUUCUUUGAGAUCCUUCGAUUAUUUUUUCCUGUCAUUUAUGAUGUGAAGUACCUCAUGAAGAGCUGCAAAAAUCUCAAAGGUGGAUUACAGGAAGUUGCUGAACAGUUAGAGCUGGAACGGAUAGGACCUCAACACCAAGCAGGAUCUGAUUCAUUGCUUACAGGAAUGGCCUUUUUCAAAAUGAGAGAAAUGUUCUUUGAAGAUCAUAUUGAUGAUGCCAAAUACUGUGGUCAUUUAUAUGGCCUUGGUUCUGGUUCAUCCUAUGUACAGAAUGGCACAGGGAAUGCAUAUGAAGAGGAAGCCAACAAGCAGUCAUGACAUCCAAUAGUCUUUUUAUUUUCUUUUAUACGAAUUACACACAUGCUUGUACAUAGGUUUUAUCUCUGGUUGAAACCCUUAAAUGAUAGGCAAUACCUCCCCUCCUUUUGUAGCCCUUAUUUUCUGCUUUCAGUACUAAGUAUGGCCUUUCUUAGCUGUGAUCUUAAUAAAUAAAAGUACAUUCAGGUUAAAUCUGGCCUUAAUUUAAUAUACUUCUUAUCAAGCUUGUGUGACAAAGCUACAUUACUGAAUAAUUUGAUAAACUUUGCCUACUUGAGCUUGGUUUUGUUUCCCUUUUCCUAAAUUAACUAGCAUUGACUGUAAUUUAUUUCCCUGUUUCAUGCCUCUCCCUCUAUUCUGCAGUACUUAUAAUUAUUUAAGAUUGUGGACCAUCAAGUUUGCACUUUAGAGAGUGAUUCCAAUCCUCUAUUUUUAUCAGAAAUUGUGGUUUUUCUUGCUCUUAGCUGGAAAAAUGACCAUCUGCCACUUUUUUACAGUAUUUGCUUGUUUUUGACAUUCAGAGUACAGCACAUGCAUUGUGCAAAUUGUUGAUUCAGCAGGACUAAGAGAAAAAGACAAGGAACUACUGAAGAGCCUAGUAACUACUGUUUCUGUGUGUAGUGUUUAACCUUCCAAGCACAUCUCGGGUCUGUUGGUUUCUAAUUGGCAUGCAUAGGCUGCUCUGUGACUGAAGACUUGGAGACCAGCUUUACACCCUUCAGGAAGAAGCCCUGUGAUUGGACGUUUACUAUCUGCCAGAAAGUUCAAGAUGGUGGAGCUCCAGUUGUAUUUUAUGACAGCAACGCCUCCCUUGGUUGGCUUCCUUUUACUCCAUCACUUUUACCCCUACUGUUUUAUUUUAUAAGCAUAUUUAUGAUGUUCUUGAUUUGUUGACUACACAAAUCAAUUUCAUUAAAGUCCAAAGAUAAGUCUUUAGGUACAUUUUAUAUCAAAUUAAAAAAGCAAAAAAAUGUGAUUUCAUAGAUGCUACAAAAAUAAAUAAUGGAGAGAUUUGGUGCAAAACAACAAAAUGCAAAAUAUGUAUAAAUACACACACAUAUAUAUAGCUAAUAAAUUACCUGAGGAGUGUAAUGCUUGUUUAUUUUUUGUGUAUAUCUUUGCAAUCUAUUUUAUAUAUAUUGACAAGAGACUGUGAAAUAUUUAGCCAUGCAGAAUAUGUGACCAGACCAGAGCAUGUGUUGGAAGAUUUUGGUGAUCAUUAACUCUACCCUGAAGUGAUGGACUACAAGUUGUAAUGUGUGUUAGCUACACUUCAGUCAAUAAUAUCAGCAAGUCUCCAAAUGUUAGCAAUAUAGUUCAUUUCCCUUGUACAUUCGAUAUUCAUGAUACUAAAAUGCUGAAACUGGGUGGUCCUUUUUAAACUAAACAUUAUUUGCAAACAAAGGGUAUUAUUUGUUUUUAAAGCUUUUGUAAAUAAAGGCUUCAGAAAUGUUUUCUUACGUA